UCUCUCUCUCUUUAGUCUUGACUAAGUCCCUGUCUCAUCUCAUCUCAUCUCUCUAGAUCUCGACUCAGUCGCUGUCUCAUCUCGCUUGGCCGUCGAUCAGCGCAUUCUAGCUCGAUUCUGUCUCAAGUCUCAAUUGCUUCGUGCCAUGGCACCAGCCACUCGCACAUCAGGAAUGGAGUUCGAGGUGUUCCUGAGUUUCAGAGGACCGGAUACUCGGCGCGACUUCACUAGUUGUCUCUACCGUGAAAUGGUGGAGAAAGGAAUCCGCGUCUUCAAAGACGACGAAGAGCUCCGAGUCGGUGAGAAGAUUGAGGGAGAGCUCUUGCAAGCCCUUGAAGACACUCAAAUCUAUAUCCCCAUCUUCUCUAAGGGCUUCGCUUCCAGUCGGUGGUGUCUCCGUGAGGUUUCGCAUAUGAUAGAUUGCACUUUAAAGUCGGAAGGGAAGAAGGAUAUCCUUCCCCUUUUUUUCGACGUGGAGCCAGAGGAUGUGAAGCUCAAAACUGAAUUGUACAGGAAUGCCCUGUCUAAGCAUGCGGAGAAGUAUGGCCCGGAUGAGGUGAAGUGCUGGGAAGCUGCUCUUGUUGAGGUUGCAACUAGAGUAGGCUGGAAGAGGGAAGGGAAAGAGUAAGUUUCCAUAACUUUUUC